GGCGAUACAAUACAAAAAAACACACCCACAAGACGAGCUGACCUUGAUAGCACCUGACCCUCUCUCCUCUCUCUUCACGCCUUACUUGAACAAGUAUCCCAUUCGAUAUCAUGGCAUAGAACAAGCCAUCAAUCCUGACGACCGACAGCAAGAAAUGCGUAGAGUAUGGGAAGCGUGUCAGCAGCAACCCUCCCCCAUCAGCCAACUUGUCUUUUCCACCUUUGUCUUGGAAGGCUUUUCCAUUGCAGAAAAAUUAAACAUCCCCUCUCUCGUCGUUUCUUUGUUUCCGUUGGAGCUGUUUCCGAUGCCUGACGGCUUUGAAGAAGCGGUGCAAGAAGCCUAUCCUGCCCAGUAUCAAGCGUGGAAAGGGAAACACAACCUAUGGGAUACCCACAUCAAGCCUUGGAUGUGGCGAUUGCUUUUAGAAGAUCAAGGAGACUUUCGACAAGACGUACUGCAUUUGCCUCUUCUACCCGACUUGGCCCAGGCGCCCCAGCUGGUGUAUGCGAUCGAUCCAGAUCUUUGGCAAAACAGUCCAACCGGCAUUCCCGUCUGCGGGUGUUGGUCAUUGCACCACGUCGUGGAUCAGGAACCCUCUUUGCCACCAGCAGCCACCACCGUCUCCUCACCGACCCUCUUGGUGCAUUUCGGUUCGAUGGACACAUUAGCCAACGUGUUGAUCUAUCCCACCCAGAGCGACUUUGUCACCCACGUCAAAGCUCGAUUAGACGAACUUUUGACCACCUUGGAUCAUCUGCACAUCCUUUGGAUCGUUUCCUCCGACACGUUGCGCACUUAUCUUGAACAAUGCCUGCCAUCGACGCAGGAACGUCUACAGAUCUUAAAGUCCACGGGGUCACACGCCUCGUUGCUUCAACAACACCCCUCCCUCGUCGGUGCCGUGCAUCAUGGUGGUAUAGGUACUUGCUUUACCAUGCUCGAACUCGGGCUCCCACAAGCCAUUCUCCCUUUCAAAUUUGAUCAGUUCUAUUGGUCCGACCAGUUGGCUGCACUCCAUCUGUCCGAGACACUGUCUGAACAUGCAUCAUGGGUGCCCGCGGUCUCACGCAUGAUGAUGAUGAAAAUGCAACAGAGCAGUAAAGCACGUGCUGCUGCUCUGGAUUGGCAAAUGAAAUGUAGGAAAAAUACAGCAAGAGGUUUGAAUCAAGUCAUCCGGAUUCUAUCUCAGUCUGACUCUCAUUAAGCCCAGUACUCUAAAGGGGAAAGUUCUGUCUCUGGUUUUUUCUUU